AUGGUGUCUGACUUCAGGAGGAAAAAGUUAAUGUACAUGUUCAAGGUGUUAGACAAAGAUGGCAACGGCACUAUAGAAAAGAAGGACUUUGAAAUGUCUUGUUGCUUUGGAGCAUGUCGAGCACACGCGGCAAAACAAAGAGAAUUGAAAAAGGGUGAUGCCACGUAUGAUGAAUGCUUUGACAUAGUGUGGGAUGCCUUGCAAAAGGUAGGAGACUCCAACAGCGAUGGUCAAGUGAGUGCGGAAGAAUGGGUGACAAUGUGGGACACUGUCAGCAAGAAUGCAGCAGAUCAAGACUGGUUGGACAAAUACUGCAAAUUCGUCUUCAAGAUGCAGGACUUGAACGGCGAUGGUUUUAUCGACAGCGACGACUUUGUAGCAGCGAACAUAAAAUCAGGCGCCAGUAAAAAAGACGCCUUUGCUGCUUUCCAGAAGCUUUCUCAGGGCAAGUCAAAGAUCUCUUUGACUGAAUUCCAAGAAUUGUGGUAUGAUUUUUUUAUAUCAGAAGAUCCCAAUGCUCCAGGAAAUUUUAUCAUUGGCAGGCCUAGCUUUGAAUAA